UGGGCGAGGUGGGGCUAUGCCGGCCGGCGCGCGGCGCUCCUUAGCUUCUCCGGUAGUGAGCGGAGUUCUCUGCCAGUGCGGCGGCGGGGGCGCUGCCGCGGCGGCUACUUCCACGUCCGCUGGGCCGCUGACAGCGAGCGGCUGUGGCGACAACGGCGACGGCGGCUCUCCGUCCUUGGAGCACGAGCGGCGCCUCCAGAGCCUUUUCCUCCAGCUCGACGUGAACCGCGACGGCGCCCUUUGCGUCCAUGACUUGGCUGUGGGGCUGGGGCGGCUCGGUCUCCACCGCUCCGAGAGGGACUUGUGGAAAAUUGUAAAAGCUGGAGAUAAGGACCUGGAUGGGCAGCUGGACUUUGAGGAGUUUGUCCACUACCUCCAAGACCAUGAAAAGAAACUGAGGCUGGUUUUCAAGAGUCUAGAUAAGAAGAAUGAUGGCCGCAUCGAUGCCCAGGAGAUCAUGCAGUCCCUUCGGGAUCUGGGAGUCAAGAUCUCUGAACAGCAGGCAGAAAAAAUUCUCAAGAGCAUGGAUAAGAAUGGGACGAUGACAAUAGACUGGAAUGAGUGGCGCGACUAUCACCUUUUGCACCCCGUGGAGAACAUUCCUGAGAUCAUCUUGUACUGGAAGCACUCCACAAUUUUUGAUGUGGGAGAGAACCUGACAGUACCGGACGAGUUCACGGUGGAAGAGAGGCAGACGGGGAUGUGGUGGCGACACCUGGUGGCAGGUGGGGGUGCAGGAGCCGUGUCUCGAACGUGUACUGCUCCCUUGGACCGCCUGAAAGUGCUCAUGCAGGUCCAUGCUUCUCGCAACAACAACAUGUGCAUUGUCGGCGGCUUCACCCAGAUGAUCCGAGAAGGUGGCACGAGGUCACUUUGGCGAGGGAACGGUAUCAACGUCUUGAAGAUUGCCCCGGAAUCUGCCAUUAAAUUCAUGGCCUAUGAACAGAUCAAGCGUUUCAUUGGCACCGACCAGGAGGUGUUGAGGAUUCACGAGAGACUAGUAGCCGGGUCACUGGCAGGAGCGAUCGCACAGAGCAGCAUCUACCCCAUGGAGGUUCUGAAGACUCGAAUGGCUCUGCGCAAGACAGGCCAGUACUUGGGGAUGCUGGACUGUGCCAAGAACAUUCUAGCCAAAGAAGGGAUGGCCGCUUUCUACAAAGGCUAUGUCCCCAACAUGCUUGGGAUCAUUCCGUACGCUGGCAUUGAUCUGGCUGUGUAUGAGACGUUAAAAAACACCUGGUUGCAACGUUAUGCUGUCAACAGCGCUGACCCUGGGGUGUUCGUUCUGCUGGCCUGUGGAACCAUGUCAAGCACCUGUGGGCAGCUGGCCAGCUAUCCUCUUGCCCUCGUGCGGACGCGCAUGCAAGCUCAAGCUUCAAUUGAAGGCGCUCCAGAGGUGACAAUGAGGGGACUCUUCAAGCAUAUCCUGAAGACGGAGGGAGCUUUUGGUCUCUAUAGAGGCCUGGCCCCCAACUUUAUGAAGGUGAUACCAGCCGUAAGCAUCAGCUAUGUGGUCUACGAGAACCUGAAGAUGACUCUGGGCGUGCAGUCCCGAUGAUGAGGAGGCAUCUGCGCUCAUUGAACUCCUUUAGGAAAAAAAUCUUGGGGGCUGCAAUCCCUAAGAUAUACGGCCGUUUCAUUCUGUGAAUGUGUUGAUCAACACUAAGCUGAUUGAGCCAAGCUCUGAGAAAACCCUGGAUUGUGCGUGUCCAGGAAUGUGGUUAGGGAGGGCUUGGGCCUUUUUUUUGCUGUUUUGCUACCGCAAGUGCUGUGUGUCGCUCCAUCGGUCAUCAGCUGGGCUCCCCUGCUUGCAAGGGACCAAGCUGUGAGCACCCAGGGGAGACGGCCCCACGCUGUCCGUGCUGGCCUGGCUCCAAGCACAGUGGGGGAUGGCCUUGGAGAGCUUUCCCUCCUCUUCCAGACCCUCUUCUGUAGAUUCGGAGCCGGAUAAAGCAGCAUCUUCUGACUUGCUUGAAAGAGCUUCUUUUUUGUUGAGUUGUUAACUCUUCCUACUCAUUUUAAAUCUGUUGCCUUGGGUAGGAAUGGCCACUGAGCCAGAAACAUUAGUUGUUUACGUUGCAUUCCUUAUGGGGUAGGAACAAUUCCCAUUCUACUUCUGACAUGUCAGUGUAAUUUAAAAGUAAGACUCAAAGGGUUAAAAUCCUGGAAAACUGAAAGUCUUUAUUUUUGUAGGUCUGAUUGAGUGCGUGAGUCUCAAAAUGCCCAAGAUGCACUUAUUAACGCCAAGCAGCCACUUGCAGCCUGCACGUUUCUGUGUCUGCAUGCCAGAUAUGCUUUGACCAUUUAGGGGCUGGGACCCAGGGGCGCGUAGAAGGCCCAUGAGGACUUCUCUGAUGGACCUGGCUGCUCUUGACCUCUCUUUGGCAUCUCAGCACAGCAUGGGCAGGGAGAGGGGACCAUCUCCUCUUCCCCUUGCCAUGUUUUGCGUGGUGUUUGGACCGCAGUUCUGCCAGGUGCUGUGGGCAGCAGCUUCCCCCCUUCUCAAGGCCCUGAGCCUUGGCUGCAAUAAUCCUUUUUAGAUCUUUUUAGGCUGGCACUAGACUUUGCACUUGGUGGCAAGGGAUAGGGUGGAACGGGCUUCAGCUUGGUGUAGCUUUGCAUAAGGGAAGGGACUGGGUGAACUGAUGGUGGGCAGGAAGAAGACUUCACUGGGGACUGGGAAAGGGGUGCUUGCUUGCUUUUCUUCCUGCCAGAUCCUUUGUGAAAAAGGAAGGGAAGGCAGCGAUCGCUGUCUGUCUCUAAGUGUCCCGCAGGCUUCUUGGGCCUGAAUGCUCUGGCUGAUUUGGGGGGGCCGGCAGAUCCUCCUCCAGUGUUCUGACUUGGGGGGGGGAGAGGGGCCAGCAUCACAUUCCAUUGUUGUUGUUUUUAACUGCAUCAAGCAUAUUUAUUUCGUAUUUAUUUAAACACGAGAGUUAUUGUCCAACUAUUUUUAUAGACAUGUUUAUAGUUGUGUUGUCCUUCAUAUCCUGUACUGUUUUUUUUUAGAGGUUCUGUAUUUAUGUUCUUAAAGCCGUUUUGCACAUGUCAACUUCACUUUACCGAAUAGCUGGUGGGGAGACCGCCUCCCCCCGAAGGUCGCCAGUGCUCAGUUCCUUCUUUGAACUGUGCUGUGGGUCUUGCAGGUGGAGCUGAUGGAGGGCGUCAGUCAGCCGAGAGAAAUUCCUUGUAGCAAAAAGCCUUAGGAGAGAAAGGGGGUGUGGGGGGGGAUGGAGGGGCACAGAACAUAAUGUAGGUAGGAAAUGUUUUUUCUUGGAAUGAAAGGUUAGGAACGUCUUUUUUGAGGUUUACCUUAUUCUGGAAUUUCCUCACAUUUUUGGCUUCCUGAUUAGAACAGUUGUGGGUUGAAGAUCUGAAAACGAAGUCCAUGUAUGAGAUUUUUUUUUUUUUUGUAAUGGCUAAUAAUGAAAAGGGCUGAUUGGUCGGGGGGGGGGGGAGAUGAGAAAAAUCUCAGGGAUGACAAAACCACAAAGAUGCCCAUUUCCUGAUGAGCAGAAAGGAACGUACGUUUGGAGCUGAAGGGCUGCCAGGCAGGCAAGAUGCCCCGCCAGAUGGGGAAUACUCCGGGUGCAUAGAAAUGCCCCGCGGAUAACCGUCUGAAGGCAGCAGUGGCUGUGAUGGUUCCGUAGCUGCUCUGUAUCUUGGGAGCCUCUCUUAGCUCGGAGCAGUUUCUGCUCUCUAGGAGCUCUGCCUUUACAGGAUUUGUCCACGGCUGCUUGGGAUUGGUUGCAUGCUUGUCUCGAGUUCAUACCUGAUUUGGUCAUGUGACAUUUUAUACCCCUCGCUGUCCUCCCUUGUGACUCACAAUACCUUUGGCAGCACCUCCUUUUCUACCAUUUGUGGCCUGACGAGAGUAUUCAGAAUACAGAAAUCAAUGCAAGGUUAACUGUCUUCAUAAUUGUAACCCGGAUGUAUGAAGAGAGAAUUGUAGCAAAUGAUAAAUCCUGGAUGGUAGGCAACUGUUGUUUGCUAAUAAAAGUUUAUUAAAGAUG